AAGGACCGCUGCCGGGACAGGCGUCCGCGGAGAGCACCGAGAGCUGCGCAUGCGCACUUAACGCGGCGGGCCCUAGCAACCGGAGCAGUGACAGUAGCAACCGCCGGAAUGGCAAAAGCAACAACAAUCAAAGAAGCCCUAGCCAGAUGGGAAGAGAAAACUGGUCAGAGGCCAUCUGAAACCAAAGAGAUAAAACUUUAUGCCCAGAUUCCCCCAAUAGAGAAGAUGGAUGCAUCCUUGUCCACACUGGCUAAUUGCGAGAAGCUUUCACUGUCUACAAACUGCAUUGAAAAAAUUGCCAAUCUGAAUGGCUUAAAAAACUUGAGGAUAUUGUCUCUAGGAAGAAACAACAUAAAGAACUUAAAUGGACUGGAAGCAGUAGGAGAGACGUUAGAGGAAUUGUGGAUCUCCUAUAAUUUUAUUGAGAAGUUGAAAGGAAUCCAUGUAAUGAAGAAAUUGAAGAUUCUCUAUAUGUCUAAUAACCUGGUGAAAGAAUGGGCUGAAUUUGUGAAGCUGGCGGAACUGCCCUGCCUUGAAGACCUGGUGUUUGUAGGCAAUCCCUUGGAAGAAAAGCAUUCUGCUGAGGGCAACUGGAUUGAAGAGGCAACCAAGAGAGUGCCCAGACUGAAAAAGCUGGAUGGUACUCCAGUAAUUAAAGGGGAUGAGGAAGAAGAAAAUUAAUGCCAUAUUUUCCACAUAGUGUUAACUUAUUUAAAUGUAAUGAGAACAAUAGAUAAGUUUUGUAUAAUUGUCUAUUUUAAAGAUUCUGUGUGGGGCAAAAAGUUCCUAAGCUAAAACAAAUCUCUCCCCUACAUCCUUUUAAAAACCUAUUUGGUGUUGCUUCCCCAAACCGUGACACCAACUUUAUAUAGUCUAGUUCUUGUUUUCAAAAUUACAAAUUUUCCAUCUUUGUCUUCAGUCCCAAUUAUAUAUUACGUGGCCCCAUCUACUGAUAUUUGUAGACCAGUCAUUUUUAAUAGCAAAGGAACAAAUGUUCUUUAUUCAAUUAGUUUACUAUUUUUAGACUGGGCAUUUUAAAAGAUACACUUUUGAAUCUGUAGAAGGUCCAUCUCCUUACAACAUGAACGUAUCAUGCCUUUGGUUUAGAAGGCAGCAUGGUGAUGGGAAGAGUUCCUCUCAGAACUGCAGCACAGCCCUGGAACCAAGUCCCAGUUGGAAACACUAUGGUGAAAAAGGGAAGAUUAAUAUCUUGGAGGCCUUCUAGCUCAUGUUAUAUUUACUUACUUGCUUUUCCAAAAAUGUGUACUUUGUCAACUGGAAUUUAGGUUGUCUUUAUAUACAUGACCACUUGAGUCACUGUGUACAAUCAAUCAUUCUGUGAUCAAGGUCAGUGGUUAAAAUGACUCUCAUGAUCACUUCUUUGACCAGAAACGUGGCCAUGUUACUCAGGUAGGCCUGAUCUUAAGCAUACUUUUUGGUUUAUAGUUCUUUAUAUGUUUAAAGCAGUGGUCAGUAGUCCUAGCCUAAAUAUAGACCAUUGAUAUACAUCAAAAUUUGUCCCAGUUAUUUGGUCUAAUGACCCCAUUGUUAUGGUUAGAAGGGUACAGACUUAAAUAUUGAAUUUGAUAUUUCUCAAUAAAAUGAAGCUUAGUAUUUCAAAUAUAUUUUUUGAGAAGUUCUAGGUUAAACAGCUUGUAGAGUGUAUCAUGUAAGUGAUUGUAGAGGGAAAAGAGAAGAGAUGUUUCAGUAUGGGAUCCCAGGCAAAUGGCAGUAUGUUUGAGGAUUGCCUUCUAUAUGAAGCAUUAUGGAUGACUUAACCUCAAAACUGCAAAGCAAUAGUUAGAUGCAGAAAUUAGGAGUUGUCAUUCAAGAAAAUUUUUUUUCUGGAAAAUGCAAGAUAUUAUCAGUAACCAGAGGAAGUCCAUAGCAGGCCAUGACUGAAUCACUAAUAAAUUACAGAAGUCAGGGGCCCCCUGCCAAAUUGUGCCUAAAGUCUCUCAACCAGAGACUGUUAAUUCUUGUUUCCCCAUCUACUUGUGUGAUUUUAUUUACAUGAAAUCACAGCGAAAGAGGGGAGACACUUUUUUUAAAAAGUGAUUGAAUAAGUAGCCCUAGGUUUCAGAAAUUUACUGCUACAAUUUAAGUAGGAAUUACUUGGUUCUUUAAGAAUCAGUCUGAUCAAAAGGGACCACUGCUUUGACAAUCAACUCUAAAUCCAAACAAGAAGAAUACUUAGUCUAACACUUUUUUAGCUCCUUUUAGCUCUUCCUUUCAAUUUUUUUGGAAGAAACCUUUACCCUGACUGGCUUAUACAUACAAAGCCUUUGGCAUUCCUUUUAUGAACCAGACACAUUGAACCUUCAUUCUCCUUGGUGAUGUUUAAAGCCUUUAAGCUGAGAGGGAAAACCAUCUUCUUCAUUUGUAGUUUGCACUUCAUUCAGUAGGCAAUCUGGAAGCCAUGUUGCUAUAUAUGGGUAUAUUUUCUAAAGGUUACUAUAAAAGUGAACAUAAUAGAAAAUGGAUGACUUUGUAUUGAAUUUAUGCAGUGGUACAGUUUUAGUGUUUGGUUUUUCUGAAUUAUGUAAUACAAGAAUUAAUUUUCUCUUAAUCUCCUCAUCUUUCAAUCACUGGUAGAUAUCAUAGAAACGCAAGGUGGUUUAUCCAUUUCACACGAAAUUCAUAUUCAGUUCUACUCAAGUCUUCCAAUGACUUUUAUGCAUCCCUUUCCCUAGAAUUAAAGCCAGAAUUCAUGCAGUUAGAAAAUGGAAGUUUGGAUGUAUGAAGGUUCAGGAUAUUCUUUCAAAUCAUUCCUUAAAUCAACCCUUACUGAUGCAAAUUUAGUUGAUAUUAAAUGCCUUUGGUUUUAUGCCUCUUAGAUAUUUGACCUAGUUGGAACAGAUGCUAUCUGUGCUCCUCUAUUAGUGAAUCAUUUAAAUUUCUUUAAAUGAUGGUAGAGCUCUGGAAUAGUCUAGUAUUUUAAUUUUUCACAGUGAAUUUUAUUUUAGUCUAUCAAGGAAUUCAACGUUUUUACCUUCCCUAAUUCUAAGCUUAUGACUUACCCCUUGUCAGAUCUUGAAACAUAAUAUGUUCUGUUCAUAGGCGUUUCUUCCUUUAAAUCAGAGGUUCGCAGCCUUGCCACUAUUUCCAUUUUGGCCUAUAUAAUUAAUUGUUGUGGGUGGCCAUCCUGUAUAUUAUGAAAAUAUUCAGCAUCCCUGGCCGGGAUAGAUGCCAGUAGCUCCCCCUUCCCAGUUGUGACAACAAAAGAUGUCACCAGACUUUGCUAUCUGGCCCUUGGGCAAAAAGUAGGAAGACAUUCUCCUGUGGUUAAAAACCAGUGUUUUUUGCUCUGGUUCUUUUUGUCCCGGGUCCAUUUAUUUUUCAUUCUAAGGCCAUGUGCCACUGGAAUUGUUAUAUGAGAGAAUGUGCUGUUUUUAAUAAUGUGGGAGGAAAUGGCCAGUAAUGUUUUCCAUUUUUGUAAUGCUCAUUCUCAUAAGUUUCACAUAGUAUUAGAAACUCAGGGCUGGAAGGUUCAGCUUAUCUUUUUUCAACAGGGUCUCAGCUUUUAUUUCUUAGCAUCCUUGCUUUUUAAGGACAGUGAUUAUUAACCUACCUCUCUGUUACUAUCAACAGAAUCCAACUUGUCUCUAAAGUUUAAUAUUUUGCAUAUACUUUAGAAAAUAUAUAAUCAUUGUCUAAUGCACAAAUUUUUGCAGACUAUAACCAUCAUUAAAUACAGAAAAAAAUAUUACGUAAAAUUUAUCAUGAAAAUUAGGUUGUACAAACAUUGAUUUUGAGUGUGACCAGAAGAAUGUCUGCCUGCUCAUGGUAACUGGUCGAUAACUUGGUAUGUUUACUGGAUCCAUUCCACAUGAAAAGGUUGUAGAAGACACUUAAAUGUGGUUCUUGAGUGGGAAUUUCCACUUGAAUGAGUACUUCUGAAACUUUUUGCCAGUGGUCUGAAAGCAUAGGAGGCAUGAGAAAUGAAUCUUGAGUGUUUUCUGAUUCUCAGAGUUGGUAAUAUGUAAAUAGAGUUGGAAUCUUCUACCUGGGUUUGUCUUAGAACUAAAUGGAAAAGCAUAGGGCCAGCUCAGAUGGUUGUAUUUAAUCAAUUGCUUUUAAAAAUUGGGGAGAAGUGUCAAAGCAUUGAUCAUGAGUAGUUAGUGCCUCUCUGACUGUGGUCAGACCAUUAGUUCAUUAAGACCUUAUACAUUGUUAAGUAUUGGUAAAAGGAGAAAACUGCUAAACUGCUAGUUAUCCCUUACCAGAAAUUCAUUCCUUUGAAUUUGGCACACACUUUCUUUAUUUGGGCUGUUUAAUGUGUCUGUAAAUAAUGAAACAAGAUUCAGUAUAGCAGAGUUGGUGCUGCUUCAGACACAACUAAUGUGACCACAUUCCUUUGUCUUUACUCCAGCAUGUCUUACUGCUUUCUUUUUGUAAAAUUAUAAAAUAGGUGAAAUUUUUUAAAAAUUAAGAAUUAUAUGUUUAAAAACACUGAACUUUUAGAAAUAUCUAUAUCUCUAUUCCUACCUACUUGUGACUAUAAAGGAAGGACACUGAAAGGAAGAACUAGACUGAGUCUUAAUCUUCUUCUAAGACAAAUUGGUAAAACUUCACUCAACACUUGAAGUCCACAAUUGGAUUCUAGCUAAUAUCCCAUAUUGGGCAGAUUAGAGGGAACCAACCAAAUUAUGAUCUAGCAAAUUUAACUUGGGGGUGGGAGAGAGAAAACUAUUUUUCAAUAGAUUUGCACUUUAAAAUUAUGAACUGGAUGUUAGUGGAAAGUACUUCCAAAGGACAGGUGGAUAAAUACUUAACCUGUACAUAGAGUUAAGAGAAUCAAACCUCACCCUUGCUCAUUCUAAGCCCACAUGAGCAGCUGCUGUCUGUCUGUGUAAUCAGUCAGGAUUUCCCAGUUUCCAUGCUUGGGUCAUCAUCUUCCAUGUCUGCUACAUCUGAGAUCAUCCCUCUGAGGAUGUGUCAAGUAAUUCUGCUCAGAUAGAAACUUUGUGAGUUAUCUUUCCCACAUCUAGUUUUUAAAAAUUAAUUUAGAUGUUGACUAAAUGAAGUUGUGGCGAAGUUUUUCUGAGGUGCUACUGCCUCAAGGGAUCACUCCUAUCAAAAGACUGGUGAAUUUGAAGCUGAAGAGAAUCUACUUAUAGCCAGCUACUUCUCCCAGGUUAUGUGUUAUGAGUGUGAGCGUCAUUCUGGUCUUUUGCUUCUAGAAGCCACUCCAUUCUGAACAUUUUGACAUCUAUUAAUACUCCAGUAAUAAUCUUUUAUACAUGGGAGUUUUGUAGCAUGACUUUAUGACUAAACUUAUUGUGUGUUAAAUUAUUUAGAAAUAUUGAGUUUCUGAAUGUUAUUUUGUGAGACUUGUUUUAAAAUAGUAAUAAAUUGUGUUAUUUUAUAAAUA